AUGUCAAGAGAUUCUGCAGAUGGCGAAAAGGGCACCAGUUGCCAGCCACCUAGCAGAGACGGUAUUAACCAGGAGGCUGUGGCGCUUGCAUUUUUACAAAACACGGUCGAGAAAUCGAAUGUUAUUGACUGGGAAGGCCCCGAUGAUCUAGAAAAUCCCAUGAACUGGUCGCCUUGGCGGAAAUGGAUGACGAUUACGAUUGUUUCCCUGAUAACUUUUCUGAACGCGUUUGGGUCGACGGUCUUUGCACCUAGCGUCCCACAGGCGAUGCAGGAAUUCAACUCAGCCAGUGGUGCAUUAUCCAGCUUUAUUAUUUCGGUUUUUGCCAUUGGUUGGGCUGUGGGACCCCUUGUUUUGCCUCCACUAAGUGAGCUGUAUGGCAGAAAUCCGCUAUACCAUACUUCAAAUAUAUCCCUUACCUUGUCUUCAAUGGCUUGUGCACUCAGCACCAAUCUACCUACGCUCAUAAUCUUUCGAUUUUUCAUGGGUUUAUCUGGGUGUCCGUCACUUUCUCUCAGUGGUGGUACUAUUGCUGAUUUGGUACCGCUCGAAAGAAGAGGUGUUGCCUUGAGUGUAUGGGGUAUGGGGCCUUUAUUGGGACCUGUAAUAGGCCCCAUUGUCGGUGGUUUCAUGGUGGCGGGCACUGGCUGGCGCUGGGUAUUCUGGCUGAUGAUGAUCGCAAGCGGGUCCCUCUCUGUCGUAUCUCUUUUUUUGCUGCGUGAAACUUAUGCGCCGGUGAUUCUAAAUCGAAAGACCAUUCGUCUAAAACAGGAGACAGGAAACAUGGAGCUGAAAUCAAAGUAUGAUAAAGGCGAGAGUGCGGGCUAUCUUUUCAAAAUGGCAAUCCUCCGCCCAACCAAGCUACUCCUUUUCUCUCCGAUUGUCUUCCUCAUGGCAAUAAAAAUUACUGUAUCCUAUGGCUACAGCUAUUUCCUCUUCACCACGUAUACGUUUGUUUUUGAGCGCCAAUACGGUUUCAAGCCCUCGUCGAUCGGCCUUGUCUAUAUAGGAAUUGGCAUAGGCUAUGUUGUAACUCAGAUUAUAGCCGCCAUCUUUUCAGAUCGAUACGUUACCAGAAUGAAAAAAGCCUAUGCCAGUGAGUCACACAAACCUGAAUGGCGCCUUCCUCCACUAGCUUUCGGUGCCAUUAUUCUGCCGUUGGGGUACAUGUUCUACGGCUGGACCGCGAUGUACAAACUCCAUUGGGCUGUCCCGAUCUUCGGUACAAGCCUGAUUGGAGUCGGCACGCUGUGCUAUUUCUUUUCUAUCAUGGCAUACCUGAUUGAUACGUACACGAUUUAUUCCGCUAGUGCAAUCUCUGCCAAUAUUGUUCUUCGAUCCAUUGUUGCCGCCACAUUGCCCUUAGCCGGGACGAAGCUGUAUGAGAAGCUAGGCAUAGGAUGGGGGACAAGCUUGCUGGCAUUCAUCGCAUUAGCAUUGGCCCCGAUCCCGUUUCUACUGAUUAAAUAUGGGGAGCGAAUUAGAAUGUACCCCAGGUUCCAAGUCAAGCUAUGA